AAGAACAACUCGAUACAUAAAUUAUCUCGCGUUAGCAAAAUUCGGAAAAGAACAGCACCCCAAGGGGCCACCACAUACAUACCCCCUUCAAAAUUCAUCACUAUAAUUGCCACACAACACAUUUAGCAUAAAGACAUUUUAGCCUACAAACUUCUUCUUCACAUAUAUCCUUAUCUUUUUUUUUUUUCCUCCUUCAAUCAAAGAACAAGAAGAAAAAAGAAAAACACCCCAUAUUAGAUCUUAGUACUAAAUUUUAUCACCCUUUCUUUACAACAAACAUUCUUUUAGUCAUGAACAAUACGAGUGUCAUCGAAGAACUGAAACAGACCUUUCAAGAAAAUCGAAAAAUAGAGCAGAUACAACAACAACAACCACAACCAUCGUGCGGCGGUGGUGUAGCACCGGCAUCACCACCAUCAGCAUCAUCAUCUCCGUCACAUGAAUUUUCCUUCACAAUUUCACUUCACCCACCGAAUUCCACAAAAGCCCCUGAUAUCAAAACGAAACAAAAUCCAAAUCCAAAUCUAAAUCCAAACACGACUCAAAGCCAGAACCAGAACCCGUUCGCCAUUGAUUUAACUCCAGCUGAUGAAAUUUUCUUCCAUGGCCAUUUACUCCCUCUUCAUCUCCUUUCUCAUCUCCCUGUUUCGCCUCGCUCUUCGACGAACUCCAUUGACCCUUCACUCCCCACUAACAAAGACUUACAUUCAGAACAAAGAAAACUCCAAAAACCAGAAAAACUAGAUCACGAUUCUGAUGAAGAUGAUGAUACUAACUCUUAUUAUGAUCUAAACCACAGUUUCCAUCACGUUCACACUCACCAUCAAUCAAAUUCUUUCAACAUACCAAAAGAUCAUCAUCAUCAUCAAAAACCAAAAUCCAAAUCAUUUUCCCUGUUUGGAUUACCCAAACGGAAAAAAGGUGAAAAAGAGGAGAAGGAGAAACAAAGGAAGAUGAAAUUCGAUGUAAGCGAAGUUAUAAAAAGAUACAUGAGGAUGGUAAGGCCAUUUUUAUCGUUUAGAAAUCGAAAAAACAUGCAGUCGCACAGGCAAAAUUUUUCAUAUUCAGGGAACUUGAGUUUUCGAGGGAAGAAUAAUAACAGUAUGAGUAGUCAUAAAGGGAUUAAAAGAGGUGCAUAUUCAGCACCAGUAUCGAUGAAGAAUUCACCAACAAAUAGUGGAUUGCUUGUAGCAACACCAGGGGGGAAUUAUGGUAAUUCAUCAUCUUCUUCAAGUAGUGAUAGUACUAUGGAAGAAUUACAAGCUGCUAUUCAAGCUGCAAUUGCUCAUUGUAAGAAAUCUAGUUCUUCAAUGGAAGACAAGAAAAUAAUGAAUGUAUCAUCAUGAAGUAAAAAGGGUAUAGUCCAGCUAUGCACGAGGUUCGAGAAAGAGUCACAUCGCAAGGGUCUAUAUUAUACCCAAUCUAGUCUAGGUUGUUUCUCUAUGGCUUGGAUAUAUAGCAUUGGUCUAAUGUUUUGAAAAUGAAUCUUGAUCAUUUUUAUCCUCAUUGGUAAUGCUUAUUUCUUGCAUAGUUAUUUUUUUUAAUCCCUUGUGUAUUAUAAUCAUAAAGUAGAUUUGUAAGUAAUUGUUGUUUUUUUUUUUCACUACAUGAGCUAAAAGUAUGGAUUGUUCAUGCCAA